CGCUACGAAGUUCCCCCUCUGCUCCACCAUCGAGCCCUGACGGCAAUGUUUUGGUGAAAACAAAAUAGUGCCUCGAAAAAGGGACGUAAACACGUCUGAAACAUGACAUGUCGGUGGAGUGGCACCUAGAACGGCGCUGCGGAUAAAACGACGGUCGUCUUCGACGAAGUUUUUUUUUUUUCUUCUUUUUUCUUUUUGCGGUCAGUCCUUGUGUGUUUCCUCCGCAUGUCCGCUUUCCUCGUAGAUGGUCUGCGGCGAGCGUUGUCUGACGGCGGACGACAGGCUGUUGACGAGUAACAUGAAGGAGAUGAUUGGCGGGUGCUGUGUGUGCUCGGACGAACGCGGCUGGGCGGAAAACCCGCUGGUUUAUUGCGACGGCCACGGCUGCAACGUCGCCGUGCACCAAGCCUGCUAUGGAAUUGUUCAGGUGCCGACUGGUCCAUGGUUCUGCAGAAAGUGUGAAUCCCAGGAGAGAGCGGCCCGUGUGAGAUGUGAGCUCUGUCCCCACAAAGAUGGAGCCCUCAAGAGGACGGACAACGGAGGCUGGGCCCAUGUGGUUUGUGCCCUGUACAUCCCUGAAGUGGAGUUUGCUAACGUUUCAACCAUGGAGCCAAUAGUUCUACAGUCUGUCCCCCAUGAACGCUACAACAAGACAUGUUACAUCUGUGAAGAGCAGGGCAGAGAGAGUAAAGCCGCCACUGGAGCCUGCAUGACCUGCAACAAACACGGCUGCAGACAGGCCUUCCAUGUGACAUGUGCCCAGUUUGCAGGACUAUUAUGUGAAGAACAAGGUUCUGAUGCAGAUAACGUCAAGUAUUGUGGAUACUGCAAAUACCAUCACAGCAAACUGAAACACAAGGAGCGAGACAGACACAAACCAAAACACAAGAAAGGCUCCAUGGACAUGUCGCCCUCUCUCGUUCUUCCAAACAUCAUGGUCCCCGAAAAGACCUACAACAGCACCACCUCUGGGGGAGGAGUAACCUCACUGCCCGCGUCCUCUCAGAAGCGAUUAGACGACAACACGGGCCGCUUCACCAAUGCCAACUUCCAGGAAGUGUCGUCCGCUCUCUCCGGGGGCGCCUCCAAGGAUGGCCUGGCCGCAGACACGACCAAGGCGGCGGCCGAGGGCAAGAACAAGAAGAACAGCGGCGGCGCUCACACGGUCGGACAGAGGGGCGGCCGCAAGUCUCUCACCUCGUCAGGGAAACCGUUACCCUCAGCGGUGGUCACCAUGGCUACCUCUUCCACAUCUGCCUCCGCUUCCACGGGGCCUUUCCAUCAAGGCCUGCUGUUGACCAGUUCCAGCAAGACUCCCGCUGCCCCUUCCUCCUCAGACUUCCUAAGUUUCACUGACCCGUCGCUGCGUCCUGGCAGUGGAACGUCGUUUUCCUCGCCGCCGUCUUUCAGCAGCUGCCUGGUGAAGUCGAGCUCUGAGGGCGGCGCGUCAGAGGGAACCACCCCUCUCUUUGGUUCUCUUAUGUCUGCGACUACAACUUCUGCAGCAGUCGGUGGAAAACUGUACGAGAACUCCCACAGUCACGCAGCGAGCGAAACGACGAGCCUCGCCGGAUCGACGGGCUACAAACGCUCUCAGCCCGCUGGCAGCGGCCUGGGGAUGGGUGCCGCAGUCGGUGGUGAAGAAGGCAUCAAGAAGAAGAAAAAGGGCAACUGGCGAAACCGAUUCGGACCCUGUUUUACUACGGACGCGAAGCCCGCAGAGGCAGCGCCAUCUCUGACGCUCCCCACUUCUUCCUCUGCCGCUAGCGCCACCUCCUCCUCAUCCUCCACUGCCUCCACCGCCUCCUCCACAUCCUCGACGCUCUCGGGCCGACCAGGCUUGGUUUCCAGCAGUGGAUUAGGAGUAGGAAUAGGAGGAGAAAGGGGGCUAGGGGUCAUGGGCGUCGGCGGUGGCAUUCAGAAAUCCCCGUCGCUCCUCAGGAACGGGGGUCUGCAAAGCAACACCAGCUCCACAACCACUGGCUCAGGUGUCUUCUCCGCCGCCGACGGGUCAUCGUCGGGGACAGCAGCCGUCGCCAUGGGCGGGGCGAGCGCCGAGUUGUCACAGCAACAGCAGACCACACCUUCCCUGGCACCUCCCUCCCCAUUCACCGCAGCGGCUCCACUCAACAGCACAACCUCCACACACGCUCUGCCGGGCUCCGUGUUCAACCUGGCCCCCCCCCACAUGUUCGGCAACAGGCUGAACCCCAACUCCAGCAUGGCGGCUCUCAUCGCUCAGUCCGAGGCCUCACCAGCAGAUCAGGAGGUGGGAGACGGCAGCGGCGGCUCUCAGGGCUUCUCCAUAAGAGCUUCUCCUAAGACCACCCCGCGCUCUCCCAUUGGCGGCCUGCAGAUCCGCUAUGACUCCUCGGGGUCGUUGCCGGGGCCAGGGUUUGGGUUGCUAGGGGCCGGUGGCGUCGGGGAGACGCUGCCCCCGGUGGCCACCAGCAUCGAGCAACUCCUGGAGAGGCAGUGGAACGAAGGGCAGAGCUUCCUGCUGCAGCAGGGAGCGCAAGGAGACGUGGUGGCCAUGUUGAAGUCUCUCCACCAGCUGCAGGAGGAGAACAGGAGACUGGAGGAGCAGAUUAAAACCCUGACCAUGAAGAAAGAGAGACUCCAGCUUCUCAGCGCACAGUUAUCGGUGCCUUUCACCCCGAGCACCAUUUCCUCAUGUGAUGUGAAGGGGUCCCACCUCGGAGCCACAGACUCUUCUUUACCAGUGACAGCUCAGGACACCAUGUCGUGCGGAGGUCACAGCAGCAGUGGCUCCACCUCCUCGCUCUCCGCCUCGCCCUCCAUCUCCCAGAGCCCGCCUCAGCCGGCGCUGAAUGGCAUGGCCGCCUCGGCCACGCUGGGCGGCGUCGCCGGGCUGAUGGGCGCUCUGGGAGCAGGAAACGCGCUGGGCAUCGGCGGGAUCGUCGGCGCGCUGAACGGCGUGAUCCAGACGCCGGCGGGCCCCGGCAGCCCCCACACUACAGGAACAGCGGCAGGCGUCACGCUCCCCGUUAACAGCAGCAGCUCAACAGGUAGUAAAAACAGCGCCGCGCGACUCGGCCUGCUGUCCGAACAGCAGCGUCUGCUUCAGCAUCAGCUCCAGCAGCUGCUGUCCUCCCAGUCGUCUGCGGACCAGCAGCAGCAGGCGCUGCUCCUGCAGCUGAUCCAGCAGCAUCAUCAGGACCUGCAGCAGCUGCAGUCCCUCUCCUCCACGACCCAGAUGCCCUCCAUGCCGCUAUCCGGCGCUCAGCUGCCCCUCGCCAACCUGCAGAGCCAGGGCGCCAUCGCCGCCAACCCCUUCCUCGCGCUGCAGCACACACACACCGACACACACGGCUCGGGGCCGGGAAAGCCCCGGGUCGCAGAAAAAGUCGUGGGCAUCGCCGGCCAAGAGAAGACAUGACACUUUUUUUAUUGUUUGUUUUUGAUUGUUUUUUUAUUUUUUAUUACUCUCCUUAUUAAAUAUGCACAGUUGUAAGAUCAACUUUUUGGUCAGAGUCCAUCAGCUGGACAGAAGAGCAAAUGUUAAAAGUGUUGCCAUUCGUUUCAUGGAGUUCCUCCCUCACUCAAACUGGGCCGGCUCACUUCGGUUCUGCAGCUUUUUCUGGUUUAAAACUUGACCCUGAAUUCUGUUUGUGUGUGUGCGUGGGCGUGGGCGUGUGUGUAUGUGCUAUUUAUUUCAGUCUAACUUAUAGUUGUGUUCUUUUUAACUGCUUCUUUGUUCUUAUUGUCUUUAGUUGGGUUUUAGUUUAAUAUUCCUAUUAGUUUCUCUAUAAGUUAGUUUCACCAUGUAGCAUCGGAGUAAAAUACAUGUUUUUUUUUUUUCCUCGUGUUUUUUUUUUUACUUGAAUCAUCUUAAAGGUCAGUUUCCAAGAAAAUUGUUUCUGUCAUAAUUCCGACUCUUGUUUCCUCUCCUCUCGGCUUCUUCUCUUCGUUUCUGUCGCGAUGUUUCACUCUCAGGGGCCUCCGCUAACCAGAGCUGUUAGCUCGACAGCCGAGCUGGCGCACAGAAAACCUACAAACCUAAAAAUCACAAAAAAGAAAAAAAAAACAAGCAGCAA